AACAGAUGUUGAAACGUCAUAUUUGGCAUAAAUAGAGAUUGGAAAUCGUCGGUUUUUUAUUUAUCAUUUAUGUUAUCUCGCGUUAGGGCGUUAUUAUUAAUAUGGUCGUCAAAGUACAUUUAGCAGGAUACGAAGAAUUUUCGAAAUUCUUCGACAAGUUUGAAGCAAGUGGAAAAUUGGUGCACGUUUAUUUCACCGGUUCAAAAUUACCCUCUGGAGAGAGUUGGUGUCCUGACUGCGUCAAAGCUUGGCCUAUAGUGGAAAAACAGAUAUCACAACUUCCGGAAGAUUCACAUUUUAUUACUGUAGAAGUAGGAGAUAGAGAAACGUGGAAAGAUCCAAACUGUGGAUUUAGAAAAGACGCCAGAACAAAAUUAUUAGUUGUUCCAACACUGAUAAGAUGGAAUAAGCCACAAAGACUCAACGGGGAACAACUGGAAAAGCCUGAGUUAGUAGAAAUGAUUUUCAAUGACGAUGAUUGAGCAUAAAAAAUUCUAUUUUUGAACUCCAGAUUUAACAUAAGCUUUAAUAAACACUAGUGAAUCAA